CCAUCAUUAAUAUUCUGCGCCAUAUCGUUCGUGGCUUCAGGUUUCACUAUGCAUCGCGUUUACUGUUCUAAACACCUUCGGAAUUCACGGAGCAUCUGUCUUCGAGGUCCUCGCUUACAUAUUUUAGCUUCCGGUGUCGCCUCGCCACAACUACCUUGGUCACGCUAGCCACAUUGAUAACGUCAAUCGUAGCAAUCGCAGCUCAGGCAUCCUAUGCUUGUGCCCCAGAAUGAUUCUCAGGACAAUGACCAUGGCGUUUUCCCGAUAUCCAUCGCGAGAGACAGCCGCUCAGCCCGAGCUGCGUGGUGGGGUGUCUUCGCAGUGUCUUCAAUCGUCUCUCUGUCCUCACUCAUCGAGAUCGGGAAAGAGAAGAACUGCUGGAAGUGGCUCUGUGAUAAAGCACCUAGGCUUUCAAGGAGAGGACCUUCUCAGGAUAUACUAUUGCCCUCUUAUCGGAGCGCCGCCUCAACUCCUGCCACCAUCAGCCGAACCUCGUUGUCCCACCAUCAGCCAAAACCUCAGAACAUCGACCUCGUCUCAGGUUGGGAUGACAUGCUGAGCUUGAAAAGGCCGAAGAAAAACAAAUCACCCCCGCCGCCACCUUCCCUUCAUCUGCACUCGGACAAACCGUCCGACGAGGACGAAGCCUUCGCUGCCGACACGAUGAAGUACCUUCAGUCAUUUACCGCUCGAAGUUUGGGUAUUCCCUCACUCGAAGACCGUUCUCGCGCUCCGUCGCCUUAUGUUGUCCCAAAGCUCAUCGUGCCGGGGAGCGUUGAUGAAGCAAGUUCGGAGCUCUAUCGCCGUCGUCCAUCGAUUACCGAAGAUGCGACUUCCAGUAUAUCCUCCGUUUAUGAUAUUCCAUGGCCUUUGCCCCCACCUGAAAUACCCGUUUCUCCUAGUCGCUACUCCAUUAUCGAUGCCGCUGAGUAUCCUAUAACGUGUUCGUUGCUGGAACAACGGAAGACAGCGCCGCUGCGUAUUCCUUCCAGAAAGAAACGCAGGGUGAAUGCGAUGGAGCAAAGCGCUCAAAGGCCGAACGGGAACACAAUCAUCGCAAUGGUGCCCGUGCCAGCCGAAUAACAGCGUAUGGUUGUAGUCAGUCUUGUUCUGUCAGCUUCAUAUUUCGUUACAGUUAUUAUUUCGUCGUUGUGUAGCUGUAGCAACAUUGUAUUCGAUUAUGUAGCUCUUAUGUAUCUCCCCUCCAUCUUGUUGUACAAGUAUAA